CCGACCGCUUAUGAACAUAUAUAUUGUAAACUAUUGUUUACUUUUUAGAAUUAAAUUUUCUUAAUAAAAAAAUGACUACGGAGUCUAAGUGGGAUUUCGAUGCUCCACAAUUUGUUGAUUUCACUCAACCAGAUGUCGUCCAGACGUUUUAUGAUGAUACAUGGUUUGACCGACGUGAGUCCAUUUAAAUUUAAAUGUGACAACUAAUAAUAAUUGGAAAGGAUGUUUAAAAAAAAAUGUUUUGUUUACUCUCUAUAGCUUUACAACAAUAUGUGACGUUUUAUUAAACCUUUGUUACAACAUCGCUUAUUACGAGACAAAUUAUUACACAUACCGAAGAUAUUAAUUUUUAUGUUUUGUCAAAGUGCCAGUCCAGUAAUGAUGGGAAAUCUGUUAGUAAUUAUUUGCUGAAUGUGAACAGUGAGAGUGAAGAGUGUCUUGAUUCAUGAUUGAGAUUUGUAUCUCUAACUCAACUUAAAGCUAUUGUAUGGACCGUGAUCACGAAAAUGAAUGGUGAAGAGGUAGAGCAAAAACAAGUUAAAGUUAGACCUAGUUGAAGUUGAGUGCAGCCUUUAACUUUAAAGUACGGUAGUGUUAAAAUCACGUCUACGUCAUUAAUAAAUAGGAAAUGUAUAAAAUCAUAUGUAGGAAAUCAUAAAUGUAUGAGUAUGAUGGAGUGAGUGUGAGUAUAUAGUCAUAGUAUGUUACUGAGUGUGUUAUAGUUAUAAUAUUGACUAUUGUCAUAAAUAAGUAUUAACACUAAAACUAAAGUGGAUUUUUUAGCUAUGGGCACUAUGGCUAUGGCUAUGGCAAUAAAGUUUUAAACCAAGACCACAUAGGUUAGUCCUUCAUUAAGAUUUUCCAGAUGUUUGAGUUUGAAACUUUAAAUACUAAAGUUAGACAAUGAAUUUAAUGACUGACAACUUUCACAUAGUUAACUCAAACCUAAAAUUAGAUUAAGCAAAGGCUUUGAGCAGAUUGUUCUUUACUAUUUUAAAUAUUAAAUUUGAAAAAAGAUGAUCUCAUUAUGAUUAUAGUAUAGUAUAGACCAGUGUUCCCCAAACGGUGGACUGGCACCGGUCCGCAAGCCUUACGUUACCGGUCCAGAGAGCAUGAAUAUUGAUGUUUAAAUAGAAAGAAAAUGUAUUUAAUAAAUCUAGCACCGGUCCCUGGUGCUGUUUCGAAACUUGUCCACCGGUCCGUGAAACUUAAAAGUUUGGGAAACACUGGUAUAGACUAUUCAUAGGCAUAGAUAGGCUGUUUUUUUUCUGCCAUAACACAUAACGGCUAUCUAAAGUAGUUUAAGUUGGUAUAUUUCAAAAUCUAACAUCCCCUUGAUGUCAUGAUAUAACCCUCUUGAGACGCCUGGGCCGAUCAAUUGCUCCAGGUUGUUAUUACCAGUGUUAUUAUUAUGAAUUAUGACAGACCUUUUUACUUUCAUGAUUUUGGCGCACAAUGUACGAUUUUAAGGUGUAUACAUUAUACAUAUUAUUAUAAUGUAUUAUAAUAUUAUAUACUGUAUGUUUAUAUUUAUACUAAUUAAGAUAAUAUAUUGAACAAGUUUGUGAUGAUAUUGUACGAUUUUAAUAGUUUGAAGGUAAACAGGUCUGUUAUGAGGAAAAAGGCAAAAGGCAGAUCAAUCUUCCCAAUAAUUUGCCCAAUAAUAACUUAUUUAUUUAGGAUGACAAUCAUAUAAUUUAACAAAGUUCUGCAAGUAAGACGUGUUUAUUCUAGGGGAUUCGUUAUUCUAGUAUAUGCAUACAUUAUGCAAACCAUGUUAUCUCCUUUGCAUAAAUGUUGAGUUAAUUUUGAUUCAUAAAGGUCGUAUUAGUUCAUUUAAUUCCCUACAAAAAUAUAUGUUUUAAAUUUGUUAAGUAAUAAGUUAAUAUUUUAGAAAUUUUUUGCAAAGUUAUGGCAGGGCUUGUGGAAAGGUACAUAGUCCAAAAGGCUCCAUCUCAAGAGGUUUAAAGAAAACAAAUUAAACAUUUUUUUUCAUUUGUGUCAGACUUUUGCAUCAGACAUUACUUCAUUACAUGGUUGUAAAGUUCUGUUACCUGAAAAGUGUUCUGAUUCCAUUUAAAAUAAAUUGUAAAUUUCGAUUCACUACUGCUGUUGAAAUGUUACUUUUUUCCCCCUCCAGACACAGAGGAUGACGACUUUCGGAAUAUUGGCAUAGAACCAGGUACAUUUUUGUACUUAAGUGCAAUUGUAUGUUAAACGAUUAAAGUAUUUAAGAUAUAUUUCUACUAUUAGGCCUAUUGGUACUUGAUUUCUUUUGCAUAAUAAAUGUUUAAAAUUGAAAAUGGCUGACAAUUUUAAAACUGUAAGAUUUGAUGCUAUGUUUGUGGAAUAGUUGUAAAUUUAUUAAUAGAAGGUUUAUAAUUUCUUAACAUUAUUUGUCAACAUAGCAGAUAAAACUAAAUACUCUACCAGAUGGCAUAUGUCGCUUUAAAUUAUUUUAAUUUCUUUUUUAGCUGAAAAUGGUGUGACGAGACCCAAACAAGAAAAACCACAGCGGAUUUUGAAGGGAGCAGGUAUUGUUUUUAUGUCCAUUUAAUAAAUGUCAACUAGAAGGGACAAUAAAUUUUCAUAUACAAAUGAUGUUAAAUAAACAAUGAUUUUCUAAUAUCAGUUAACAAGUUUGCGUAAGUGCAGACUGCAUAUUGCUGUAUGCUAACUGGUUAGCACAUAUUUUGCAUGGGUUAAGUAACUCCCAUACUGGGUCAAAUUCUGGUACCAAACUGAGGUAUCAAAAUGAUUGGCUUUGACUGUUAUAAUAAUAGUUAGUAUGAAGAAUGAAAUAGGGUUUAAAUGUCACUUACAAGAAUCGUGUAAAGUGUUUAAAUCUGACAAUGAUAUGAGUAACGGUUGGGCAUGCAUUGUAAAAACUUUGUGAAAAGUAAGAAUUUAGCAUAAUUAAAAUAUUUUCAUCCAAAUUGUUGAAAAAUGCCAGACCAUAAGCCGUUUUAGUUAUCAUAAUUGGAGCCCUAUUACCAAAACAGGGUGGAUUUUCUUUUAAGUCUUAUAAUAUUUAUAAAGAAAAUGUUCAUUAAAAUUGACUACACAAAAUAGAUGAUUCGAAUUUCAGCAAUUUAGGACAUUUUCAUAAACCAAGUCAAUCAUAAAAAAAAUAUUUUAAGCAAAGACUGUUUUGCAGAUUAAUUGUAAAAAUACUAAUACUAAGCAAAUACUGAUUCAAGUGACAUUAUAGCUGAUUACUCAUAACAUUAAAGUUAAGCAGUCCAAACCUAAUAAAUAUUGUGCUGUGUAAUUAGACUACACUAAUAGACAUGUUGCUUUGAGCUCUUGUUAUUCUAGUCUUGAAGUUGCUUUAGAACUUAAAGUAGUAUAAUAACUUCUUCAUAGGCCCUGUGCUGUCUAAUGGAGGUGUCAAAGCAGUACCAAUGGAUGUGAGUGAAAGCUCACCAAGGUCAGUUUAAGUACAUACAAACUAAAAAUGUAUCCUAUAUUUUUAUGGCUUAUGUUAGAACAGAAAGUUCAGCUUUUACUUAUUAACUAACCUUUUGUGGCAAUGUGCCACUAUUUGCAACUGCUUUUGGGUAACAUUUUACAUGCGGCAGUAUGGAACAGAUAGGAAUAAGAAAAUCCACUCUCAUAGUCAUAGUGUGACUGCUAUGGGUAACCUCAAGCACGUACACAUCCAUGGUCAUUUAAAGUAACACACAUCUGUGUACUAGCCUUAAAUUUUAUGCUGGUUAUUUACACGCGGGAAUAACCAUCCCUGCCCCGGGGUUGACCCAUGGUCAGCUCAGGGGGCGGGUUCCCUGUGACUGGGGGGGGGGGGGGGGACUGGGGGGGGGGGGGGGGGGGGCGAACUGGGACUUGAGAUGUGUACAUCUUUUAGAUUGUGGUGUGGAACGGAUGCGUCGGGUUGGCGGCAUGUAUGAGAGAUUGUACUGUCGGCUCUGUCAACGGAUUGUACCUUACAUUAAAAAGCUAUAGUUCUCAGACCUGAUUGUUUUAUUGUGAUUUUAUUUAAACUGUAAGCUACGUCACCAUUCGUUUAUGGGGAAAAAUAAAAUUAUGUGUCUUAUACUUGUCCUGGGGCAUCACCAAAAAUUGGCGCUGGGCAGUGGGUUACAUACACCCCCCUCCUCUUUCCUUUGUAAGUAAUUUUUUCUUGCCUGCUUUAAGCUGUCCCUAAAUUCCUCUUAAAAUGAGAGUGAAGAAAAUAAUUCUUUAUUUAUUAGGUAGACACUAUAUGGCAUUAAGUUUAAUCAUUCAGAGUAGCAUCAAUUUUCCCUAUUAACUACCUAUGUUUAAAGAGUACAGCUGAUUAAAACAUUUUUACAUGACUAUUUUUUUUACUAAUGAAAAGGUUUUAAACUUUCUCUGACAUUCUCACAUGUAAACUACAUAUUCACAAAAUGCUGUAUCAUAAAAUUAUUUAAUUUCAAUUCCUCAGACAAAGGGCACAGCCCACAAGAAUGCUUGUAUCAGAAACUCAUGCAGCUCAGACUAGUUCAGUGUAAGUUUCUUUUUUCCUGUACAUGGUUUUAGUGAUUGCUCUAUUGACUUUUAAUCUGAAUUUCUCUAUAAAAAUAAUAUUAUAUAUUAAUAUAUUUUUACUUUUUUCUUCUUUGUUUAAAAGGUGCCCCUCACCUCAGAAACGUAAAAAAUUAUCAGAUUAUGAUCAGUCUGCAGCAGAUCCUUCACAACAUGACGAUAGCCCACCAGAUGAACCUCAAUCAGAUGCAGUAACAAAAUCACCAAGAGCCCAUCAAGACCUUUUGGAUUCACCAGCAGCAAAUACAAGACUGAAGUCUGCCAAUACUCAAAGUCAAAUUUCAUUACCCAUUUCUGACUAUGUUUCAGCAUCCCCUAACAAACGACGACAAAGGUCUUCCUCUGUUACUGAUAAGAAAGUAUCAGGCUCUGCACAAAAGGGCAUUCGCCGCUCACCUCGAAAACAUGUUAGAUCUCCUAUGAAAGCAUCAUCCGGCCAACGCUUGAAUGGUCUGAGAAGGUCACAAAGCUUAAGAGACAAGGGUUUAAGGACAGCUGCCUUGAAUGCAACAAAAAAUAUGGUGGCUAAACCUCAAAACAGUUCAAUGAAUAGUUCAAAGAGCAAUUUGUCAGAGCAUUCUAGUUCUUUAGUUAAUUUAAAUAAAAUUAAGACUUCCGAGGAACUUGAACUUGAAAAAAUUGCAUUAUUACAAAAGGAGGCAGAUAAAGCACGCAAAAUUGCACAGGUGUGUUCUAAGAAUUGUUAACUUUUUAUACCUAUAUAUAUAUAUUUAUAUAUAUUGUAUUCACUGGUAACAUGUUACACUUAUUUCUUGAAUGAAAAUUUUUAUUGAGUUGUUGAUUUAAAGUAAUGUACCUUUUUACUUUUUAGGAUUCUUGUAAAAGAGCAUUAACAGCACAAGGAUACAUACCUGUUAGAUCAACCCAACCAUCUACUCUCCCUUUGGGCUUUCAUUUUAAAACAGAUGAGAGGAUUAAGACAGUAAAUCCCCCAGUCACUGAGCAACGAGUUAAAGAUUUUACAAAAUCAUUGCGAGAGGCUUUACCUGCAUCAACAGUAAGUUUCCUGUCUUAAAAUAUCAUUAACAGCAUAUUAUAAACAUUUGCCUGCCAUAGUUGUCUUUGCCUAAUCUUUAUUCCUGUUUUGUUCCACAUAGUUGUGUUUUUGCCUAGAAAGAAUCUUCUUCUUGUGCCUUUUUACCCCUUCUGGGGCAUAAGCCGUCCACAAGAAUUUUCCAUUCAUCACGGUUCUGUGCUUUCCUUUCCGGUUGCUUCCAGGUGUAUCCCAUAUUUUGCGUGUCUGCCUCUAGCUCGCGUCUUCAUGUAUUCUUUGGUCUUCCUCUCAUUUUCCACAAUAAGAAUAGGUGAACUAUUUUAAUUGUUUAAACAACACAAAGUGAACAUUUAGUAACCUCUUAUUUUACAAUAAAUAACAGCAACUAUGUGUAUAAUAGAAAUUGUGCUUGUUAGUGUAAUUCUCAAGAAUUUGAAAUCAAAUCUGCUUUAAAAUUAUGAAUUAUUGCAUCAUUGAAGAUUCUAAUGUAAAACUUAUUUUCAUUGUUAUCUUUAUAAACUUAAUUAAUACAUUUACUGGUUAGUUUUUAUUUACUAGUAAUUUUUACUAACUUAUAAAUGUUGUCAGUUAUUUGAAAGCAAGUAAUAAAGUUAAAAAUUAUGAGAUGAUGAUGAAAAAGGUCAUAAUUUAUUUAAUAAAAUUUUGAAUUGUAGAAUUAUUAUUAUAUUUUUAACAAGAGUUUGUUUCAUAACAGAUAAUCAGCAGUUUGUCAUCAAAUAACCCCUUCAUACAAUACAGUGUGAGCAUUCUUUAUUUCUUUAGUUACCCACAAGACCAGUGAUACAUGGUUUGACUAAAACACAACCUUUUAAACUACACACCCAAAGGAGUACACCGCAACUUCAUCAGACGGAGAAAUAUGAAUCUGUAGCUGAAAAAGUGGCUGCUUUUCACAAAAAAACUCCUGAUCGCUUUCGGUCACAGCCUAUUGGUAACUCUAAUAAAAUAUGGAUUAUUUAAAAAAAUUCUGUAUUGAAAUUCGCUUAUCUCCUGUUUUUAAAUGAUCACACAAGUCUCAUAAUUACAUUAUAUACUGACAAAGCAAGUAUCGUUUUUAUAAAUUAGUUGUUUUUAACUUUUGUAAAUUUUCAACAGGAAGCCGAGGGAGAUCCCAUUCUGCCUCAAAGUCUAAUAUUUCGGGGGAUGAAAAACGUUUAAGAUCACAGUCCCCAAAACCAACAAUUCCAAAAACACCAGAAUUAUCAACCAGAGGUCGAUCAAGACCGAAUUAUGCAUUGUCCCAAGAGGAAAAAGAAAAAUUAGAAUUUGAGGAACAUCAAAAGUGAGUUGUUUUUUUUAAAAAGGAAAUUAAACAUAUUAGACUUGUUCGAAAGAUGGUACAGAGUAAAAUGUACCAACUAUCAAGGUUUCACCCUUAGUUUAGGGUUGUCACAGUGGAUGUUUUGCAGUUGACUCGAAAGAUCACUGCACCCAUAUUUUGGGGAGUUACAUGGCCCUUUUUUAACUGAACAAUAGCUACUAUUUGUUUAACAUAUGAAACAAAAAAAUUUCUAUUACUUAAAAACUGAAAGCAGUCAUCAUUAACUACAUGAUCUUUAAUAAACUUUAGAAAAACUGGAUUUCCUCUCCUUGAGUGUUAGCAAAGGCAAGGGAGAAUAUUAUUCCCCAACUUUUUUUAUAAAAGACUAAUCCAGACCCAUUUACGUUGUACGAUUUUGAGGUGUCUUUUACGAUUGUACUCUAAGACCUGUUGAGACUACAAUUUUAAGCGACUGUGUUGAAAAUAUAUACGCUCUAGUAGUUUUUCAGAUAAAAAAAAAUAAUAAGUACAUUUUCGGUUGUUUUAACUUUCUUUCUACACCCAGCAGUGAAUGGACUGAGAAAUACUAUUGGCUAGGACCAUCUAUAAUGUUAUUGCGCUUGCCCUUGAUUUAGGAGAUUUUGUGUACGGGUGUAUUAAGGGGGGGGGGGGGUCUAAAUAUUUAAGUCUUAAAAUUAACACAGCCACAUUUUCGUAAUUAUAGUGGUGAUGGUCAUAUUUUUGCUUUGUGUAUUUUCAUAAUUUAUUAACGUAGAAGUAGUUGCUCUAGUGACAAUUUUAGUAAAUCUGGAGCCAUGCUUAUGUACUGAGGGGGUUGGGGGUUGUAUAUUAUUUUGUCUACGGGGAGGGGGGGCGGCACUCGGCAUAUAGUCACAUUAUUACAAAAUUUUAAAUAUUCAUCCUGAAACUCGGAAAGUCCAAAUAUACCAUAUUUAUUUCUCAAAUGCUGUACAACUUUCGCACGAAUGUUUUGUAGGAAUUAUCGUCAUAAUGUUGCCAUGUAUUACAAAUGAACUUGCUAGAUAUACUUAGAUGGUACUAAGUACUAGGGGUAUUACAGUAAUAUUUAGUCCCCCUCAAGUCCAAAGAGCAUUGUGACGCAUAUUUUGUUGGGCUAAAAUUUUCGUUUCCUUUCACCUAUGCCAGGCUUCCUGUGUUAUAUUCUUACAAGUACACUUUGAAAUAGUGAAUACGUAUACAUAAAUAAAAUAAAUUGAUGGGUAAAAUAAAUAAAACACCUAUGUCAGUCACUAAGCGUCAUCUAGUAACUGCAAAGAGUAGUCACUCAAGGUGGUUACUGUUUGCGCCACAACCCCUAGAUGUCACAUUGCAUUAAAUUGGAAAUUAAUUAUAAAAACUUUGUAAUAUCUCUCAAUGCCCCUGUGAGCAUGCAGCAGCAACCCAUUUAUAAAAUAGGGGGUGGAGGUUCCGUUUAAAAAAACCAACAAAAAUGUAUGUAACAGUGGGGAGGGGUAGUAAAUUUGACUUUUGCGUACGUACCAAAACUCUUGUUUGUUUGCUUCAGAGGUGUAUGAUGUAAUGGAGAAAACUAUAUAAUGCAUUCUUCACUGUUCCUCAUGCGCAGUAAUAUUAGAUUUCUACACAUUUGAGAGUCUUUGAAAUCUAUUUUUAGAACACUCAAAAACAGCAUUUUUAAAUUUUUUUUUGAAAUACCAUCUCUUCCUGUCACCUAUUUAUAGUUCUUGGUAGUUAUAAGACUGUAAUAUGUUAAAGGGAAAAAUGCAUACUGGAUAUUGAUUCUUAUUUUUAAAUUUUAAAAAAAAUGCCUUUCUUAAAAAAUAAACCUCAAGCUACUUGUUAGGUUUUUUUUCAAAUGAUGCCCUAAUUUGUUAAUUAAAUCUUAUUUUAAUUUUUUUUUUUGUGUAUGCUUAUCUGACUUUGAGUUUGAACCACGUUACAUUUUAACCAGUACAGGAACUUUUUUUUUUUUGAAGCAGUGACAGACUGGGAUAAUGUGAUCUGCACAGAUGGGAUAAUGGGAUCUGCACAGAAAUUCAUUUUCUCCCUUGCUUGACCCCAUUGUUAAGCAUGGUCAGCAAAUGGUCUAUUGAUAAAAGUCCAGAUCCCUGUUAUUUUGUCGAGUGGAUAUUUUGCACCCAUUUUAAUGAUAUUGUGAGGUUUAAAAAAAAAAAAAAAAAAAGUUAAACCUAUACAGAUUUUUUUUAAUGCAAUAAAACACAUGAAAUACAUUUCAAAAUAGCAAGGAAUUAACAUCACUUGUCAUUAAUAUAUCCAAUGAUAUUGUUUCAAUUUCAGACAACAGUUUAAAGCACAUCCUGUCAAUCAAAAAAUCUUUCAAGUACCUAAAAUUGGUGUGCCUUUAGCUGCACCAAAAUCCACAACAGUUGCAGAGGAAUUUAAUUUUCAUUACAAAAAAUCAGGUUCUCAAAAGGAGGCAGACGCAGAAGAAGAGAAAUAUGAAUUUCAUGCUAGACCCCUUAACCCCAAAAUCCUGCAAGGCCCUGUGGUAAGCUUUAUUGAUGAACGUAUGAAAUAUUGAGAGAGCAGAGAUAUUGUGUUGAUAUUUUUAAACACUUAUUCAAAAUAUUGCUAUCUUUUUAAAAUAAAACAAAACAAUCACUAUUUGCUUUCAGGGUGAUCAAUUUUUAUGUAAGUUGGAUGGAUCUAUAUUGUUUGUGCAUAUAUUUUCAGGGUGUGAAACCUGUGGCCCCACAGCCUAUUACAAUCCCAGAAUCACCAGCUUUUGCCCUUAAAAAUAGAAUUCGAUUACCUCCUGAGCUGACUAUCCAGGUGGGUGUCUUUAUUUCCCUUAUGAGAAAAAUCAUUCUUUUGUCAGUUUAAAGACUAACUUUGUCAAUUAUUUAAAAAAAAUAAUUUUGUGUGGCUUCUGGGAACCUAGCGAUUACCUUCAUUAUAAAUAUUUUGCUACAACUGAUUAAAACUAUGAUGCAUUGUGACUUUAUAAUUUUAUAUAUUCGAUAGGAAGGGCCGAAGAUGCCUGUGAAGGCAAAUCCACCAAAAUUCAUUGGUGUCCCUUUCAAGCCAAAGCUUGCUCAUCAACGCACUGUACCAGAGCCUUUCACUGUUGAGGAAAGAAGUAAAGAAAUGAUGUUACGAAAAGAAAGGAAAAUCCAACAAGUUUAUGAGGAGGAAAGAAAGGUGUGUAAAUAAACCGAUGACCUAGAUGGACAUUAAAAAUAUAUGUUUCCUUUUUAUUGGCGGGAGAACAUUUUAAAUAAUCUCUCUUUCUGGCACUAUAAGAAAAUAUAGUUUAUUUACUCAAAUUUUUAUUUUAAAACAUCCCCAAAUGUAUGAAGGUAUUUAAAUUGUAUAAAACAUAUCCUUCAUAAUUGGGUCAUUCACACAACAGUCAUAAAGUUUAACAUAAACUCAAAUUAUUGUGACCUGCUUCUCUAUGUUUCUAUGCUGAAUCAACAUAAUACAAGUUCAUUUGAACCUAAAUAUAGAAGUCAUAAACAAGUUUAAAAGAGAAGUCGAUGACAAACAAGUAGAGCACAGAUGAUGGUUUAAAGGAUCAUGAAUCAACAUUUAUCAUGGAAACGCCAACAAUUGUUAUAUCGUAUAAUAGAUUUGUGAGACUACUUUUUUGCUGGCAUCCAUUCGUCACAAUGUGACGAUGGAGUAGACUUUGCAUGAUGAAGUGACAAGGCCACGGAUUUUUCUUGAGGAGGAUAAACUGGUUCCCUAGACAGCAAAUCACCUCUCUCCAUGCAUCUGGAUAAGCCAAGGUAACAUCAUAUGUAGAUGAUAUAGCUUGGCGCCAGUAGCCUCGGAGGAGUUGACAGACUUUUCAUUCCUUCAAUGUUAUCUGCCUAUGGGACUCCAUCUGCAGGUUUGAAUUCAGACUUUGCCUUCUGAUAGAUGAGUUGCUGUCCAAGGUUAACGUGUACCAUCCACACGGCUACUCGAGAUCUAUUACUCAAUGUACUACAUUGAAGACGAAAGAUGUGACUUUAUAAUUGGUUAUUGCGAUGGCAAUAAUACCAGUUUUAUUUGUGAUAAAAGUUUUUUUUAAAUAUAUGCUAAUUAGCUGCCUAAGUGAGCUGGAUGCUGAGUUGCCAGGGCAGUUAUUUGUCCAUUGUUGCGAUCAUCCUCCAAUGCCCCCCAUCUAGGAUCUCUACAUUUUGCUCUGUCUCUGGCCUCUUAUUCUUUUAACUCUAUUUCAAUUUAGCCAAGAAAUCUUCAAACAGGAUUUUUCAUUCGUAUGAAUAAGUUAAGAGCUCUAGUCAUCUGACAUUAAAAAUGUGUAACUGUGGCCAAGAAUAAAAUUAAAAACUGAAAUUAAGCUUGCUGUAAACCACGAACAGCACACACUACAUUACACUUGAAAACACCGUCUUAAGAAUCAUAGUUUGACUCCACCUUUGCAUAGUUUCAAAUCAUUUUGAUCUUUUUAAUAGUUCAAAUAUUUUAAUGUUAAAAAAGCUAUCAGUAAAAACAAAGGUUUGCAGACAUAAAUAGAUUUAUUUAAAAAAAAAAAGAAAUUGUCUGAAAUUGGACCAUCAAUUGAAUGCUGAACAAUAUAACACUAAUCAGCUGACUUUUUGGAUUGCUACUCUCUUAAAUUUUGUUAUAUUGAAUGAUGUGAUAAGCACUGAUUAACUCCUGAUGAGGUCAACUUUGAAUUGGAAAAAUACUAUUUUCUAAAAUACUAUUUUCUAAUGGGCAGCAAUUUUGAAGACCAAUUUUCAGAUUUUGAAAAGUUUAAUUAAAUUCAGUUUCAGCUGUUACUUUAGUUUGAUGAAUGCUGUCAAAUUAAUCAGUUUGCCUUAUUUAAAUAAGCCUGAUUUUCUUAAAACAUUAUACUAGCUUGGAAAAAUGGUGACCAGUACGUCGACAAAGAACAUCCUCUUUCUGAAACUUGGCAGCAUCUUUAAGUCGAUGUACUUUCAACAGACCUGUUUACGAUUUUGGCGUACAAUGUACGAUUUUGAGGUGUAAACAUAUAUACUGUAUGCAUAUUUUUUACUCUAAAUAUAAGGUAUUGAACGAUUUUGUGAUGAUAUUGUACGAUUUUAAGAGUUUGAGGGUAAACAGGUCUGUUUCAAGCUUGAAAUCUGGGAUGUUAAAAUUGCUCUUAAUGUUUGGGUUCACAAUGUUAUAAGAGUCAACCUUGUCUUCAGUUACGAACGUUAAGUGCAAGAAUUGUCUCUGACCAAUAGAUGGGAAUCUUGUGGCUGAACUACAUAGUACUUCGUUUGAGAGUUUUAAACCACGGUUUCAAAACAAUUGCAAAGUUUCUCAUUGAACAGCCUUUGGGAAAGAAAAAAAAACUGUUUUUGCUAUCCUAUUUUUGCCUUAAUUGUGAUCAUUCAGUCACUGCAAUAAAUAUGCCCAUUCCAAUUUUAAGAAUAUGGUGAAGAUUUGAAUUUAGGAUUGAGGGCCACAUGUGUGGAUGUAUAAAAAAGCUGUUUCCCCCUGUAUUUGUCAGUUGCCACCAGUUCAUUUUUGUUUCCCUGUGUGUCCAUUUUAUUUUUAUGUUUAUUAAUCUUCUUAAAUAUUGGUUGUUCAAAGAUUUGAUUUUAUGUUCCUCAAUUUUUCACUUGUAAGUGGCAGGAGUUUCUGUAUGGUAGAGCUACAAAUUCUUUAAAAAAUUUAACUUAUUGAGUUGAAUCUCUAAAUAUUCUUAACAUUGCUAUACAGAAAUCUAAGUAACAAUUUGACAUCAAAUACCUUUGGUUUAAUGAAAUUUUGCAUUAGUUCUAAGUAAUCUUAUAUUAGAUAAGUUACAUUAAUUCUAAGUAAUCUUAUAUAAGAUCAGUUAGAAAAAUUUACAAGUGUUGCCGAUCUGAUCAAACUAUUCCUGCAUUCUAUCAAAGAAGGCAAUACUGGACUGGCAAGCUGUAGUUGGAUAAUCCUGCACUUAAAAUAAACUUAAAUCCUAUUUGUACCUUUAGGCUCGUGAGUUCCAUGCUCAGGACUUGCCUAGCGAUAGUCCAGAUCAAUUGCCACCCAAACAGCUUCGCCCACCAACACAGCCAGAACCUUUUCAACUUGAAGUUGAUGAGCGGGGUCAGAAAUAUCAAGAAGAGUUUAAAUCGAAGGUUAGUUUAAUUUCAAUUGUUACAAUAACAAUAGUUCCUUAUUUUUAAAUUAAAUUUUAUUUGCUCAUUUUGUAGAAUUGGCAGCUCAGCGUAAAUCUGUUCAUUAUUUACUAAAACUAUUAUUAUAUUGUUAGAUGCUUAUUUCAGUUUGGGGAUUCUGGUCAUGAGUUAUGUAUGUUAUACCCUAUAAAUUUUAAACGAAAGAAACAAAAUGAAAUUUAACAAGUAUAUUUAUUAUGCAUGUAAUCUAAAGCCUGCUCAUUUCCAAUUUGCAUCCUCCAUUUUUAAGCAGAUUGAGGAGGAGGAGAGACUUGCAAGAGAGGCCGCUCAGUUUAAAGCAAGACCAAAUGAAGUUACUCACAAAGAACCCUUCCAGGUCCAGAAGUCUGCUAGGCCACUGACAGGUUUGAGCACUAUUAGAAUUCAUCAAACCUUGUUUUAAAAAUAAGAAAUAUGAGUUUAAUUAAUGUGGGCUAUUUCAUGGUUGGUAAAUUUGCAAGUUACUUAUAUGAUUUGGUUAAAUCUUAUAAAAUUAUUUAGAUAUUGUUUUACUUUUACCUUGUCCUGUGCAAACUGAAGUCCAGUAUAACUGCAAUAGUUUUCUUUUUUACAAUCUUACGGGGUACUUAAAUUAAAUUUCUAAAUUGCAUUAACUCCCUAGAAAUAUAUGUUGUUUUUUUUUCAAAUUUUUUUUUACACACUGAUAUAAUUAACCCCGGUAUUUUAAUAUUUCAGAGAUCAAUGGUUUUGCAAUGAAUACAGACCAGAGGGCUGUUGAGCGAGAGCUCUUUGAUCAACACAUAAAGGCCCGAGAGGCGGAAAUUGAGGCCCUUAAAAGAGAACGAGAAGAGCGAAUAGAACGGGAACAAAUGGAAGCCGUUGCCCGGUUAAGGCAGGAGGCUGUUCACAAGGCAUCAGGUGUAAAGAAGUAAGUUCAAAGCCAAAUUAAAAUAUUUCUGUUAAAUUUUAGUUGUUUGCUUUGUAUUAAAAUUUUUAAUUUUGAAAUUCUAUAAUAAUUUUUGUUUUGAUAUACUGUGCCAAACUACAUUUUUAACCCCUAAUGCACCUAAAAGUUGUGAACAUAUAGGGGAAAGGUGUCAAAAUUUGUUUCUCUUGUCAAAACUUGUGUCAGUAAUCAUAUCAGCUACAUAGAUAACUCCUAGUUUGUUAACUGUAAAUGUCACAAAGUCUUGGGUGUAAUUGAAAGAGUAACGAUCAUGUUUCUAGACAGAAUUUCCAGAUAGUAGUGCACCGACUUUGGAAGAAGUAGUUCUGUAACAUGCACCAAAACGAUGAAAAAAUCAUUACCUAAUAUUUUUUUGUAGGAAUGAGAAUGGCAAAGUGAUUUUAAGUGUAUACAUUGGCAUCUCUUGACAUGGCUAAAACAUUUGAAUGGGUGGUGCCAUCACAACAGUAACCUAUCACAAGUCAUGUAGUAAAGUGUGACUUAAAUAUUUACAAGACAUGUUUAUGCAGGAUUUGUUGGUCUAGGUCAGGGGUCACCAACUUUUUUUCAUGGCGGGCCGGAUAACGCUUACAAUGCCGAGCGUGGGCCGUAUAAUCAUUCUGUACAAUACUUGCAAGCCAGAAUAAAAGCUCUGGGGAAAAAGACAAAAAUCUAAGUUUAGUAUUCCAUGUUAAUCAUGCCUGAGUGGCGUACAAUGUACAAAAAGCAAAGACAACCAACAUAUAUAUUUACCAGAAAAGUUAUGAAAGAAGGCAACGUUAGCAAAAAGAUAGUUACAUCAGACCUAGAGUGCAUCUAUUCGAAUCUCACAAACUGAGCAGCAAAAAUGUUUAGUGAGAUUUGUGAAACUGACGUUUGGCUUUCAAGAUAUCAUCAAUGUUUGGUUUGGAAUUGCUGCAUCCAAUCAAGAGAGUUGCUUUUAAAUGUUUAUCAGUCCCUCUCAUUCAAUAUGAUUUCACAUACUUCUUUUUUAAAAAUGUUUGCUCAUAGACAAAAGUUAUUCCAUGCAUGCUGCAAACGGAUGCCGACUCUUCCGUUAUCUGAAAGUCCAAAUUGACACCACAAAUAAACAGGAAAAUUUGUAAGAGAUACGUAGACUCAUCCAGUGCCAGAGAAUACCACAGCAAGUUCCUAGCUUUCUCGCAUAUCUGUAGCACUAUGUUUACUCCAAGUUCUUCUGUUCUCCGCACAACUGAACUUGUUGAAGGGAUGUUAGUUCCAACCACGGCCAAAACCAUUUUCAAUGUCCCCUUAUAUUUCCAACACACUUUUUUUUUCACCCAUUUACAGUUUGUCGUAGUAUCAGACGACAAUAUAUUAGUGGUAAUAGGCUUAAUGGAAAUUGAUGCUUAUUUUAUAAUUUUUUUAAACCAGCUUUUCCUAAAGACAACCUUACGUUACUUAGUAUGUUUUCAAAGUGAUAUUAUCAUUUGUUAAUUAAUUCUUAUGUAAAUACAUGUUUUAUCCUGAUCUGAGUUCGAGUUUUAACCACGUUAAAUUUCUCCAGUAACUUUAUUUUUACCAGUGAUGGACUGCAGGUCUGUUUACUCUUAGGAUUUUGGCGUACAAUGUACGAUUUUAAGAUGCAUACAUUAUAUAUUCUGUAUGUUUACAUUUUACUAUUAAGAUAAUGUAUUGAACGAUUUUGUGAUGAUAUUGUACGAUUUUGAGGGUAAACAGGUUUGAGACUGAUAAUAUGAUCUGUAUGUCCACUCAGUAUAAAUUAAUAUCUAUACCAAAUACACGUCUGCAAAACAAAGUGACCGCAGAUGUAUUAUAAACGUGGUCAUCUACUUUUAGUAGUUAACUUUUUUUGACGCCAGCUUAGCUCGAUCCCACUAGGCACUGCGAUGCGAGUAGUUAUUGUAUUCAUUAUAUAUACUGUAUGUUUAUUUAUUUACUAUUAAGAUACCGUAUUGUGUGAUUUUGAGACGAUUUUAGGAGUUCGAGAGUAAACGGGUCUGUUAAAUAAACAAGAAAAUCUAGAUACAAUUAUUUUAAAUUGAAAAUAGUAAAUUAAGGCGCAAAGCAGCCAGGAGGUCUCAGCAUGUGUGAAUAUCUCCUAGUAUUCUAAAUAUAAUAUUGUAAUUUAAAUUUUAUCACAAGGUCUCAUGUUUCAUACGUUUUAUCAACCAAGUUUAAGUACCAUGGGCGGGCCUGAACUGGCUUCACGGGCCGGAUUUGGCCCGUGGGCCAUAAUUUGGUGAACCCUGAUCUAGGGGUUAGGCUGACAUAAAGAAACACAAAUCAUUAUCAAAAAGAUUUAUUCCAUAAAAAAUUUAAAGUACAAAACUUGUGAUUUUUAACAUAGUGCUAGCCAUAUUUUGUAGGUUAUGACUGGUAAAUUUUUCUUUUGUUUUCCAAUAAAAUAGUUUUUGCAAGCUAUAUAUUUAUUUCUAAUUUUUUUAAAUUACUGAAGUAUUAUAAGACACCAGGUUCGUUAUGGAAUUCAACAAUCAGGAUAUAUUGAUAAUAAAAUGGGGUUAAACUACAAUUAAUCUGGAUUAUCAACACUUUUCUGUAUUAUACCUGGGUACCGAAAUGUUGGUCACCUUCUGUGGAGGUGCACAAAAGCAAAUUAGAGGAUCCAAAUGACAGCUACAUGCUUAUUCAAAAUACUGAGAACAACAUGUGAUUGAGGACCAGCACAAAAUUUAGAGGCAGUUUAGGACCAGCAUGGCCCCCUUAAUGUUGUAUUUUGUUGGAUUUCUGAUGUUUGCUGAUAAUGAAUUUAAUUUGAGUAUAUACUGGCAAUUACCCAAAUGUACCUGAUCUCACAUUUUUUCUUUUUGGUGACAACCAGUUUUGGGAUCACAUGACUGUAAAGUACAGUCUAUUAUUUAUUUCAAACAGUUUAUGUGAUUUUAUAUUUUAUUAUAUAUUUUAUUUUCAAAUUUUUCUGGCACAUUCAUUUUUUGUUAUUUUUCUUACAUUCACUUUUAUUAUUUGUUGGUAACACACUUUUUUUUUUGUUCGGUUACUUUUUUGCUAAAGUCUAAGAUUACCCUUUGAGAAAGGAAUUUUGUUCCCCAUUUACCUUUUUUUAUCUAACUUUCACGUCCAAUUUAAAAAGAACAACUUACUGUAUGUUCGUUACAGUUUAUCCACACCUAUUUACCAGAUGAACGUGAUAUGCAACCUAAGUCGUUUGUCAAGAUACUCCUUUUCAUAACUGCUAAAAUAGUUCAUUUCCAGUAAUACUUUUAUCGGUAGUACUAUGCUUGAUAACAAAAACUGUACAUUUGCAAUGUGGUGCUUCAGAUUUUCUAAUUUACCCAUUUUUUGUUCUCCAGAUAUAAACCAGUUAAUGUAAAACCAAGUGACAAGCCAUUGACAACUGCACAAUCACCAAGAUUCUCUGAGCGACUUAGAUUUAAACAUGAAACAGAUUUAUAAAAUAAUUAAUUUACAAUGUUUUAAUAUUUAUAUAACGUGUACCUUCUGCACUUUCAUGGUACCGGUAUGUGGCUUUUUUUUUGUAUGAAUGUGAAGGUAAGUUAAUUAGUGGAAAAACAUGAGUACAUGUGUAUGGUUGUUGUCACUCAUUUAAAAAUUAUCCUGGUAUAGUGUAGAGGUGGGCAGCCUAAAACUUGUAGGUCACAUUAUGGCCUGCAGGACCAUCCAGAAACUGAAUAAAUAUUUUUGUAAAAUGUGCCAACUGUAUAUGAUUUCCUGGCAAGUAAAAAUAACCUUCAUAAAUAAAAUAUCUGUAAAAUUGUGUAACUAUAAUCAAAAGCCCUUUUAAAAUUAUUCCUCUAGGGUUAUUAUUUUCAAAAUCAAUUUGAAUUUUCAAAGCCAUUCUUCAAUGAGGAAUUACUUGACCAUUCAUUCUCUUCGAUUUCUAGAUAAUUAUUAUUUGGCUUGCUAAAGAGUUAUCAUUCCCCUGUAACCCUCUGCAUGACAGGUUGCUCACCACUGGUUUAGUGUGUAUAUAUGAAGGAUAAUAUUUUGCCAUGAGGUAAGCAGUUCAGUUACUUGACUUAACUGAUGUCUUCCAUUUAUUUUGAAUUACUUUUUAAAAUUAUUUUUUUUUAUCCGUACAAUCUGUUAGGACUCUUAUUAUUACUGGUCCGACAAUUACUCAUGUUUUAUGUCAUGUAAAAUCGACAAUUAUAAUAAUAAUUGUUCCAUUUGCUUACUUUUGUGCUCCCAUAUCUUUCAUAUUCAUAAACAUUUCUUUGUUUUCAUUUUUGUCUUGUAUGUCUACUCUUGAAACUAUUAAUAAAAUUCUCCUUUUAAAAUUUGAUCAAAGAGAUGUCUAUUCACAAACUGCAGCUAUGGUUGUAGACAUUAUCAAGCUAAUUUUUUCUAAUUGCUGAUGGAUGAAAGGUUUGGAGAGACGUACAAAUAUUUUUAUUACUUAAAAGAAUUUUAAUGAGUAGUUGCAUGUUGAAGUUGGUCACCGAACUAAAUAUAUUUUUUUCUCCAAUUAUGACUGGGCUGUCUGUAAAGGAAAUGAAAUACACAUAAAUUUUAUUUCAGCCAUCUGAUCCUUUUAUCAUGUCAUGCAAAUGGAACAGCUGUAUAGGGAAAACUCAUUACAUGUUAUUGUGAAUAAAAUUAAA